AUGAAGCUGAGGAAAAAGAAGAAGAGGACAAAAAGAAGCAGUCGGAAAACAUCGAAAUAUAUGACCAAAUAUGAGCGUGCCAGAAUCUUAGGUACUCGAGCUUGCAGAUGCAGUAUGAAUGCUCCGGUGAUGGUUGAAUUGGAAGGUGAGACUGAUCCGCUUGAGAUUGCUAUGAAGGAGCUUCGGGAGCGGAAAAUUCCAUUUACCAUUCGUCGUUACCUUCCCGAUGGAAGUUACGAAGAUUGGGGAGUCAAUGAACUGAUUGUUGAAGACUCUUGGAAGAGGCAAGUGGGUGGUGGUUGAUGACAACCUCAAUUUUGACCAAUUGGCUGGAGCCUUGACUCCAAUGUUAAAAAACAAUUGCAGGUUUGGAACUAAUGUUGUGUUAGAUGUCCAUGAAAAGAGUUUUAAUUGGCUCAAUAUCUUGUAUGUUGUGAGGCGGCUAUUUGAUUUCUUUCUCAACUAUGUAACCAGAAGACAAUUUUGUAUGUAGCGUAAACCCAACUUUUAAACCCGUAUUGGAAGGUUUAUCAAGAAAUUACUUUGAUAACUCAAUUUUUA